UCCAAAAAGGAGGUUUCGAUAAAAUCCCAUCAACAACUCUCAUUUGGCUUCACCAUCAUAUGUUCAUAUUUAUAUACUCAACCUCUGAAUAAUUCAUCUUCAAGGCAGCUAAAAGUCUAUACCCUUAUAACUCAAUCCAUUAACUUGUGUAAAAGUCUCAAAAAGAUGGAUCCAAAGCAAGUAGGAGACAUAAUUUUUCGAUCGAAGCUCCCUGAUAUUUACAUCCCUAAUCAUCUUCCUUUACAUUCUUAUUGCUUCCAAAACAUUUCAGAAUUCAGUUCUCGUCCUUGUUUGAUCAAUGGAUCCAAUAAUCAAAUUUAUACAUAUGCUGAUGUUGAGCUCACUUCAAGAAAAGUUGCGGUUGUCCUUAACAAGCUAGGGAUCCAACAAAAGGACACUAUAAUGAUCCUCUUGCCCAAUUCCCCUGAAUUUGUAUUCACCUUCUUAGGUGCAUCAUAUCUUGGAGCCAUUUCAACAACGGCAAAUCCUUUGUUCACACGAGAAGAGGUCGUGAAACAAGCCAAGGCCUCAAACGCCAAGCUUAUAAUCACACAGGAAUGCAACUUGGACAAAGUGAAGGACUAUGCAUUUGAGAAUGACGUUAAAGUCAUUUGCAUUGAUGACUCGUCAGGGGCUUCCCCAGAGGGCUGCUUACACUUCUCCAACCUGAUUUUAAAUUCUGGAUUCGCCUCUGAACACAACUUGCCCGAGGUGGAAAUCAAUGCGGACGAUGUGGUGGCGCUACUGUACUCAUCGGGGACCACGGGGCUACCGAAAGGGGUGAUGUUGACACACAAGGGGCUAAUCACUAGUGUGGCACAACAAGUUGAUGGUGAAAAUCCAACUUUGUACAUCCAUAAUGAAGAUGUGAUACUAUGUGCCUUGCCCAUGUUUCAUAUUUAUUCCCUGGAUUCUAUUCUGCUUUGUGGAUUAAGGGUUGGAGCAGCUAUUUUGAUCAUGCAAAAAUUUGAUAUUGUUACAUUCUUGGAGUUGGUACAGAAGUACAAAGUGACUAUUGGACCCUUUGUACCACCUAUUGUUUUGGCCAUUGCUAAGAGUCCAUUUGUUGAUAAUUAUGACCUUUCAUCAGUUAGGAUAGUCAUGUGUGGGGGAGCACCAUUAGCAGAGGAGCAUGAAGACGCAGUUCGAACCAAAUUUCCUAAUGCUAAACUUGGUCAGGGUUACGGGAUGACGGAGGCCGGUGCACCAUUGGCAAUGUGUUUGGCAUUCGCAAAAGAGCCGUUUGAGAUAAAAUCAGGGGCAUGUGGGACUGUUAUAAGGAACGCAGAGAUGAAAAUUGUGGAUCCAAACACUGGUGUCUCUCUUCCUCGAAACAAAUCUGGAGAAAUUUGCAUAAGAGGUGACCAGAUUAUGAAAGGUUAUCUGAAUGAUCCUGAGGCAACUGCACGAACAGUAGACAAAGAAGGAUGGUUACAUACAGGUGAUAUUGGCUACAUUGACAAUGACGACGAGCUUUUUGUUGUGGAUCGAUUGAAGGAAUUGAUAAAAUAUAAAGGAUUUCAAGUGGCACCUGCUGAGCUUGAAACACUUCUCCUCAAUCUUCCCAGCAUUAUGGAUGCUGCUGUUGUGCCCAUGAAGGAUGAGCAAGCGGGGGAAGUUCCAGCGGCUUUUGUUGUUAAAUCCAGUGGAUCCACCAUUACUGAGGACGAAAUCAAGGAUUUUAUCUCAAAGCAGGUGAUAUUUUACAAGAGAAUAAAGAGGAUAUUUUUCGUGGAUGCAGUUCCUAAAUCUCCAUCAGGCAAAAUACUUCGAAAGGACUUGAGAGCCAGACUGGCUACUGGGCUUCCUAAUUAACACCUUAGCUUUGGGCCCAAUAAUCACAUUAACUAAGUCAGGCCCACUAUUUCUUACGCUAGAUGGUCAUUAUUUAGAGAAUUAAUCAAAAUAGCCGAGAUCAUCAAACCAUUUGAAUUAAAAAGAGUCGAAACAUAUAUAAUUCAUGUAUUAUAUGUUUGGUGUAUAAUUAGGUAUAAUCUAUGCAUACUGAUAAGGAAAAGUAAACAAUAAAUUCGGUCAGUUAUUUGUGUAACUAUCUUGUCGUGUUCGAUAUG